CUCUGCCAUACUUUCUGUGCGCAUCUAAUGUGGGAUAAAUUUGUCUGUUUUGAGAGAAAGUACUGUAGUCUUACCCUCGUUCUUGUGGUGCAGAAAACUGUAUUGUCAGUGGAGCUACCAUGCUGCAAGUGCAGGCAGAAGGUAAUGAAGUUGAUUGCAACCGUAGAAGGGAUAACUUCCAUCGUCCUUGACCCAUCAAAAAAUACAGUCACUGUGGUUGGUGAAGCUGAUCCAGUGAGGAUCAUCAAGAAGGUCAGGAAAUUCAGAAAAUUUGCAUCAAUUGUGAGUAUAGGGCCUCCUAAGGAAGAAAAGAAGGAUGAAAAGAAGGAUGAAAAGAAGGAUGAUCGGAAAGAUGUUAUGCUGUACAACAUUCCAAAUACAUGUCAAAGAUGCGAUGUGUGGUACGUUAUUGGUGAAGAUGCUUACAGUUACUGUUGCAUUAUGUAAUUGACAAAUCAAGGUUUCAGUGUUGUUAUAAUUUGUAUGGAUUGUUAUAGAUUGUUCUAUUGUUAUCAGAACAUAUUAAUCUUUUACC